UACUGUGACCCUCCCUCUGUAGCCUGGGAACCACUUCACACCCGCCCCUCAGUUAUAAAUAGGCCUUUUGGGUGGCCAGUCAGGAGAAGAGGCUGUGCUUGCUCUGGGGACUAACGUAGCAGGAUACGCAAAAUUCAGCAAUCUGAUUGGAGAUGGCUCCUGCCAGCGUGAGCCUGGGACUCACCAUCAUCUGCCUCUUGACCUUGUCUGGCCCGGCCGCUUCUGACCGGGUGUACAUACACCCCUUCCACCUCCUCUUCUAUAGCAAGAGCAGCUGUGACCAGCUGGAGAAAGCUGAUGCGCAGACACCCAAAGAGCCGACCUUCACUCCUGUCCCCAUUCAGGCCAAGACAGCCCCUGUGGACGAGGCAGCCCUGCAUGACCAACUGGUGCUGGCUGCCAAGAAGCUAAGGGCUGAAGACAGGCUGGGGGCCACAAAGGUUGGCAUGUUGGUCAAUGUCCUGGGCUUGCGCAUGUACAGGACACUGAGUGAGACAUGGGACAAUCCACGUGGGGCUGUCCUCUCCCCUGUGGCUCUCUUUGGCACCCUGGCCUCUCUUUACCUGGGAGCCUCAGACCCCACGGCCACCCAGCUACAGGCAUUCCUGGGUGUUCCUGGGGAGGACCUGGGCUGCACCUCCCGGCUGGAUGGGCACAAGGUCCUGUCUGCCCUGCAGGCCAUCCAGAGCUUGCUGGUGACACAGGGAGGGAUAGGAAGCCAGGCCCCUCUGCUACUGUCCACAGUAGUGGGCCUGUUCACAGCCCCCCAUCUACGCCUGAGGCAGCCGUUCAUGCAGAGCCUGGCUCCCUUUGCUCCUGUCAUCCUUCCACGCUCUCUGGACUUGUCUACGGACCCGGAUCUUGCUGCUGAGAAGAUCAAUAGGUUCAUGCAGGCCGUAACAGGCUGGGAAAUGAACAGACCCCUGACCGGAGUUGGCACGGACAGCACCCUGGUGUUCAAUACUUACGUCCACUUCCAGGGGAAGAUGAAAGGCUUCUCCCUGCUGCCUGGGAUCCAGGAGUUCCAGGUGGACAACAGCACUUCGGUGCCAGUGCCUAUGAUGUCGGGCACUGGCAGCUUCCCACACUGGAGUGACGCCGGGAACAACUUCUCCAUGACCCGUGUGCCCUUGGGUGGGAGCACCUGCCUGCUGCUGAUCCAGCCCCACUGUACCUCUGAUCUGGACAGGGUUGAAGCCCUGGUCUUCCAGCAUGACUUCCUGAGCCGGAUGAAGAACCUGUCUCCCCGGGCCAUCCACCUGACCAUGCCCCAGCUGCUGCUACAAGGAUCCUACAGCCUGCAGAACCUGCUCGCCCACGCCAAGCUGCCCACCCUCCUGGGUGCUGAAGCCAACCUGAACAAGAUCAGUGAUGCUGAUGUCAGAGUGGGGAAGGUGCUGAACAGCAUUCUUUUCGAACUUCAAGCGGACACGGGCGAUCAGCCUACAGAGUCCAUGCAGCAACCUGGUGAGCCUGAGAUCCUGGAGGUGACUCUGAACAGCCCAUUCCUGUUUGCGGUUUACGAGCGUGAUGCCAGCACCCUGCACUUCCUGGGUCGUGUGGUCAAUCCUGUGCUUGAGGCCUGAGACUGGGUCCCCAGCAGGUUGGGCCCUGCAAGGCAGCUAUCCUUGACCUUUGAGAUGAAGGCCAGCAGGCCAACCUGGGCCAAGUCAGCAAUUCAUCACCACUGUUCU